UGAAUUAAGUCAUUUCAUCAAAACAAUUUUAAGUAAACCAUCUUCAAAAAUAGUAGAUUACACGGAAGAUGAUGAUUCUAAUUAUGAUUCAGAUGAUGACGAAUUCGAAGAUGAUGAAGAUGGUUCAGUAACAUUUGGCGACGAAGGUCAAAUGUUACCGAAUAUGUUCGAUGAAGAGGAAGAAGAAGAAGAAGAAGGCAACAUUGUCGCAAAUGACCUUUCUAAUAUAUCACAACUAAAUUUUAAAGGCUGCCGAAUAUAUGACAAAAUAAACUCACAACAUAUGAACAAGUUUUUUCGUAUUCAUAUUAAUUCAUCAGUGAAAUACAUUCACAAACAAACAGCCUGCUGGCUUUUGACGACGAGUAAAAAUCACCUGUCAAGUGAUCGAUUAGAACGUGUGAAAGAACCAAAAGAUAAAUAA